AUGGGACUCAAAUCCAGCAAAGAAAGCACGGUACUUUCUGCCCGGAAAUCUGUGUUAACGGUCACAGGAGCUAAUAUAUCCGAGGACGCUCUGUGUGAACUGUUACACUGGGCAGUAGAGCAUGAGUUCUCGGCAGAUCCUGACACUGCAUUUAGCCUACAAGCUUGGCAACAAUUAGGGGAUAAGUUAAUUCAUGAGGUCGUGUACGGAGACAAGAACGUAGUUGGUUUGGUCCCUAGCUGGGGUUCCCUAUUUGAUAUACCACAACGUUGGACAGUGGGAGGAGAAAGAAAAGAAUUACCCGGCUCUGAGGGCUCUGAGGGAGAAGGUUCUGAAGGGGACAAUGAGCUAUCAGAGGGUGGACAGACUCAGGACAGCACGGGCAGAGCAUCUCCAGCAUCAUCUCCGGCACCGCUGGAGCCUGAGAGAGUCGCGGAGACUGCUCAAAGAUCCUAUCCCUCACCACGUAACUAUGUGCCCCCUAUCUGUCCCUCUCCACGUGAGUUCCACUGCAGGACCCGUCAUUCCUACAGCCCCUCCAUUACCACAAGCAGGCACAGUAGCCGAGAUUCUACCACAGGGAGCUGCGCCGCUUCUUUCACCACAGCUGGGAGCGACGGGGAGCAUCAUUGCAGCGUCGGUCUCGCCACCACUCGCCCCUCCACAACCGGCCCUGGCAGCGCUGCUCAAAACGCCCGCGCCGCUUCCACCACAGCCGCGCUCAACAGCCGGCAUAAUGGCGCGGCCACUUGCCCAUACAGUGUACAGGUUUUCUUCCACAAAUGCGCCCACAGCGCCUGGCUCUCCUGUGCACGUGCUUGCAUCCGCGUAUCUUCCUGCGCAGGUGCAGACAGCCCAGCCACCAAUGGUGGACCUCUUGGCGCAGCAUCUUAUAGUUCUGCGGGAGGUAUCGCAGCAGCUGGCAGUACUGCCGGAGGUGUUGCUGCAGGUGACUGCUGCCCGACCCGUGCCAGGGCGACCCAGACCAGCGCGGCGGCGGCGACCGCGGAGGCGGCAGCAGCCCCGGAGGCGGUGGCAGAGGGCCCGGCAGCAGUGCCUGCACGGACAGUAGCACUGCCGCAAGUAGAUACAUCACUACCCUCCACGCAAGUGUCUACAGCCUCUGCCGCUCUGCCGUCCUCUGGCAGGGCGCCUGUACCCUGCCAGCCUUCUUCAUCCGCAUUGAAGCCAUCGGAAAUACCUUUGCCUGACGAUGCAAGCAGUGAUACAGAGGAAACACCUGCUCCACGGCAGAAAACUGAGGUGGCGGCCAGACGCCGGCAACCAGUAAGACGACUGUUCCAGAGCCGCCCUUGGACACUUCCAGAGUUUAACAAUGCCGAACCUGUGAAGAGGUAUCAAUGGAAGGUUCUUCCUCAGGGCGUGAAGAACAGCCCGACUGUCUGCCAAUGUCUUCAGGCGGAAGCACCUGCCCCGAGCGAAAGUCUGGGUACGGCAUCUACUCACAAGUGGGAAGGCCCAUGUAAGCUUAUUGCUUGGGGUCGUGGGUGUGCUUGCAUUUCCAGAGAUACUGGGGUACGGUGGCUACCUGCAAGAUGUAUUCACCCUGACCAGCGACACCAGAAGCAGAAUGGGGCCAACAGGCAACCUCCAAAUGAUGACCAGACAAAUGCAGAUCAUCAUCGAAUGAUCCUUCGAAUGAUGACCAAGAUGUCGAUCAUCAGUCGGAUGGUCCUUCUACAAGCAGAGAAUGAACUUUAAGUUUUCUGUUUGUUAUGGAGUCAGAAUGUUAAAGCCCUUAAGGCUAUUUAGAAUUAAUAACUGAUGUAGAAUUGCGUUUGUUAGAUGUAUCUCCCAUGGCACUGCUAGAGAAUCUCUCUGCCCACUUUAAAUCAGUAUCUGAUUUGGAUUCAGUUUGGUAACAGCCAUUACCAAACAGAUCCCUUAUGCUGUGUUUGUUCUCCUUGCUGCAAGGGAUCCCACAGAGGAUUACAAACGCUAACUUUUUGGUCUUAAAA